CGCCGCAGCCUCGUCUCUCUCCCACAGACCGAAAAGUGGGACAGCGGGGAAGGAAGGAACCGUGGAAGGGGAAUACUGGUUCCACUAGCGCCAUAACUUUUUUGAGGCGCUUUUAUCGUGUUUACUCGUACAAGUAUGAAACUUUACCGGACCUCAACAUCUGGUGGGUGUGAUUAAAAGCGCUGGGAUUUAAUUCAACACUGGAAAACCCGAGGACGCCCGACCGCGGCCGAUCACCCCAGUCUGGUUAUCAUAGUUAGCUGGUUGCUAGCUGCGCAUCGCGAGAACACCGCCGCCGACUACCAUAGACAGCUGUGGAUCUCGCGCGAACACCCAUUAAAAGGUUCGUGAGUCUCUGGAUAAAAAGUACGGUUUUUAUACGUUAUUAAGUCCAGAGUAAUGUUGCCUCCCGGGGUUACCUUUAGAUACGGAUGAGAAGGGGUUAGUUUCAGGCGGGGACCACGGAGAGAAACACAAAAACUGCAUGCCAGACAACAACGAGCACCACCGCUAUGUUGGGGUCGAGUCCCGGGUGUGAGCCCCGGGUCCCGGGGCUUCGGGCCUGGCCUCACUGGGUGCUGUGGAGGCUGGGGGGACUCCUGUGUCUGCUCGGCCUGGAGGGGGCCUUCUGCCUCGCCGGCCCCGGCAGCUCUCCCCCGGCCGUCAGCAACAACAACGAGGGGGUCAACGUCUACAUGAGCCUGGAGGAGGUGAAGAAGUUUCUGGGGCUCGAAGCGGAGCUGUACUACGUCCGGGACAACGUGGUCAGCCACUUCGCUCUCUCCUUCAUCAUGCCCGUGCCCAGCGACACCAACAGCCUGCACUUCACCUGGUUCUCCAAGACAAAGGUGGACUACCGGCUGGGCUUCCAGGUGGAGAACCACGCCGCCAUGAACCAGCCCAAGAGCAACAUCUCCAACCUGGGGGAGGUGCCCACGGUCUCCUCUGUGUUCCGCGUGGACCUGUUCUGCUCGGGGAAGGUGGACGGGGAGGCGGUGCUCACGGUCCAGCUCAACCUUACCAUCCAGGCCUCCAACUUCACAGUGCUCAACUUCAAGAGGAGGAAAAUCUGCUACAAACGUACGUUACCACCCCCCCCCCCCCCCCCCCCCGCCUCCUGCCCCCAGAACACACCAGACAAGGAGGGGUUGUUGUGGACUGGUACCCCUUGCUCUGGUUCUAGACGCCGAAUGUGUGUGUGUGUGUGUGCAGGCUACCCGUCGCUGCGCAUCGAGAAGAACGACCUCCGCAGCGUGACCUUGAUGGAGGCCAAGGCCAAGGUCAAGGACAUCGCCAUCUCCCGGGAGAGGGUCACACUGCGGGACGUCCUGCACGAAGGCACGUUUGGACGAAUCUUCCACGGCCUCCUCCUGGACGAGAAGGACCCCACCAAAGAGAAGCAGGUCUUUGUGAAGACAGUGAAAGAUAAUGCGUCAGAGGUCCAGGUCACCAUGAUGCUGACAGAGAGCUGCAAGCUGCGGGGGCUCCACCACAGGAAUCUGUUGCCCAUCAGCCAGGUGUGCACGGAGGACGGGGAGUCGCCCAUGGUGCUACUGCCCUUCAUGGCCUGGGGAAACCUCAAGCUCUUCCUGCGCCAGUGCAAGCUAGCGGAGGCUAACAACCCCCAGGCGGUUUCUCAACAGGACCUGGUCUACAUGGUGAUCCAGGUGGCGUGUGGGAUGAGCUACCUGGCCCGUCGAGAGGUCAUCCACAAAGACCUGGCUGCCAGGAACUGUGUCAUCGAUGACAACAUGCAGGUGAAGAUCACGGACAACGCCCUGUCCCGGGACCUGUUCCCCAUGGACUACCACUGCCUGGGGGACAACGAGAACCGACCGGUCCGCUGGAUGGCGCUGGAGAGUCUGCUCAACCACGACUUCUCCAGCGCCAGCGACGUGUGGGCGUUUGGCGUGACGCUGUGGGAGCUGAUGACCCUGGGCCAGACGCCCUACGUGGACAUCGACCCCUUUGAGAUGUCGGCCUACCUGAAGGACGGCUACAGGAUAGCUCAGCCAAUCAACUGCCCUGACGAGCUGUUUGCGGUGAUGGCGUGCUGCUGGGCGCUGGACCCGGAGGAGCGGCCCAAGUUCCAGCAGCUGGUCCAGUGCCUGACCGAGUUCCACGCCGCCCUGGGCGCCUACGUGUGACCCGCCCCCCCGUUGUCUAUAGUCCCGCCCCCGAGAACUGGCCGGACGCUGUCUAUAGUCCAGCCCCCUGAGAACCAACCAGGACGCUGUUUACAGCCCCGCCCCCUGAGAAACAACCAGGAUGCUUUCUAUAGUCCCGCCCCCUGAGAACCACCAGGACGCUGUCUAUAGUCCCGCCCCUGAGAACCAACCAGGAUGCUUUCUAUAGUCCCGCCCCUGAGAACCAACCAGGAUGCUUUCUAUAGUCCUGCCCCCUGAGAACCACCAGGCCGCUUUCUAUAGUCCCGCCCCUGAGAACAACCAGAUCGCUUUCUAUAGUCCCGCCCCUGAGAACAACCAGGUCGCUUUCUAUAGUCCCGCCCCUGAGAACAACCAGGAUGCUUUCUAUAGUCCCUCCCCCUGAGAGCCCUCAUCUUGUGAAGGGGCUGAAAUCGUGCCUUUUUAUAGAACUAUGUAUAUAAACUAAUUACACCAAACGUUGAAUUAGUUUUAUAUAUAUUAUACAAAACAAGAAAGCAGCAUCUGUUACGGUUGGAUUUGUAAAGUUUUUUUUUUAUUAUAGUAUAGCGGUUUUACAUUUUUACAGAAUUGUUACGUGCUUUUUUUAUAUCUUCCACAAGCUUUAAAGGCGCUGGGGGUUCCCCCCCCCCCCCCCUGCCAGCAUGCUACCAUGUACGGGCUCGAACCCCCAACCUUACAGACAGUAUUCUACACGCUGGGGUGGAGCUUUGUAGAGUGCCUCCCAGUGGCCCGGGGGGGGAGGGGGCGAACCAUGGGGGGGGGGGGCCAGCAGGGGGCGCUCCAUGGUAUUAUUUGUAUAUAUUCCUGUUCUCCACAACAGUCUUUCGGUACGAGGAGCUUCUUCACACGGACGUUUCCAUGGCGACCCCUAACAAUGCUCUACGGAUGUUGCCGCUUAUUACAUUUUCAUUAUUUUUUUCUUCCGGACGACACGGUAAAAAAAAAAAAGAAGUAAAAACACCAUGUGCCACAGACCCCUGAUGAUGACCUCCGACCUCUGUAGGUCACGUCACACGGCCUGGUCUUCAAGAUGAACUCACGACACGGGUCAUUGGUUGGCGUGGUCGAUGUACUCGUAUUGGUGUUUGAUCAGAAGCUAUUUGACGUUUUUUAUUUUAAUUUUAUAUUAUAUAUAUAUAUAUUGUUUUUAUUUGCUGGUUUGCCAUCAUUUCAGAUUUGUGAAUUCCGCCAUUUUGUCCGGUUUCGUACGUUUUGUCAACGGAACCGGAACCCAGAACCAGAACCUUCGACCGGACCGGACCCACGACCCGGACGGCGUUCUGUCAUCGGUGAACACGUGGAACAGGAACCAUCACUGUGAAACACGAGAGACUGCUAACCCCCGUCCCUGGGAUGAGCGCUGAGGUCGCUGCGGGCCUGUGUGGGUCGCUGGCUCCCAGCCGCUCUCUGAAUGAAUCUUCUUCACACAUUAAACGGGACCUGUUCAACAUCG